UCUUGUAAACCUACCCUCGCAAUCUCCUAGCCAGUGGUUAUUUCCUUAAACGGCCCCCAUAAACCCCUCCUCCAAGAGCAGACGGCGCUAAUUGCGAACCCGAGCCAACCAUGAAGGUUUUCGAUAUCAGUGGAAACAACCUUUCUCUCGCUCUAUUCGCAGAUGUCACCAAUUCCAAGGAACUUCUGGAUUCUAUGCAGGCUGGAACACUGGAACCUGAAGUUGCUCUACUCAAUGCCUCACUUAUCCCAGAUGUGUUCCCUGUUCUAGCUGCAGCACACAAGACACUUAUAUCAAAGUCUCGGGAUUCAUUGACAACAAGGACGCUUCAUUCUGAACUUGUAUAUAAUUACUCAGGAUCCAAACAUAUAACAGAAUCUCUGAAAAGAUGUGGAAUCUCUGAAACCUCUACAUACAUCCUAGUGGCUCGUUUCAAUGCUUCUUUAGAUGAGAUGAAAGUUGUGGAGAAACUCAUCAAUGGAAAAGAAAUCGAUUUGGAGGAAUUGGAAGGAAGAGCAAACCAAGCUCAAAUACAAAAGCACUACAAAAUUUCUGGUGUGGAAGCUGGGUUAUCCACUCUUGCAGAUGCCAUUACAUGCCGAAUAGCUGCUCGUGAUGCAUUAUGAGAAGGAACAAUAAUCAUCUGGUUGUACAUCUUAAUGAGUUUGUAUUGAACUUAGUUUAUGGCAGAUAAUUACUGUUACUUAUGCAUCAACAAUUCUUGUCAGACUAUGUUGAGCAAUCACAGUUGAAAUUCUUGAUUCAAAAACUACAAGUUUACAUGCUA